ACGCUGUCACGCAGGCGCGCCGGGGAGAGCCGGCCGCCGGCGCCUGGCGCAGGCGCACGGGCAGCGGAGCCCUGUGUCGGGCCGGGCGCUCGGCGAGCGGGAGAGAGGUAGUGCGCAGGCGCGUCGCCGCGGCCGAGCAUGAAUGGAGGAAAAUGGCGGAUCAUGUGCAGAGCUUAGCCCAACUAGAGAUACUGUGCAAACAGCUCUAUGAAACUACUGACACAUCGACCCGCCUGCAGGCAGAAAAGGCCCUGGUUGAGUUCACCAACAGCCCAGACUGUCUGAGCAGAUGCCAAUUGCUGUUGGAAAGAGGAAGUUCGUCAUAUUCACAGUUGUUGGCGGCAACCUGUCUUACAAAGCUUGUGUCACGAACGAAUAACCCCUUGCCUUUAGAACAACGCACUGACAUACGAAACUAUGUCUUGAAUUACUUGGCAACUAGGCCCAAGCUGGCAAACUUUGUAACGCAGGCUCUCAUCCAGCUGUUUGCUAGAAUCACCAAACUGGGCUGGUUCGACUGCCAGAAGGAUGAGUACGUGUUCAGGAAUGUCAUUGCAGAUGUCACGCGAUUCUUGCAGGACAGUGUUGAGCACUGUAUUAUAGGAGUAAUGAUUCUUUCUCAAUUAACCAAUGAAAUAAACCAAGCUGACACUACACAUCCGCUGACAAAACAUAGGAAAAUUGCAUCGUCAUUUAGAGACACAUCACUAUUUGAUAUCUUCACACUCUCGUGCAAUUUACUAAAGCAGGCAUCUGGAAAAAGCUUCAAUCUGAAUGAUGAAAGCCAGCAUGGGCUUCUCAUGCAGCUUCUCAAACUGGCUCACAACUGCCUCAACUUUGACUUCAUUGGCACAUCAACGGAUGAGUCCUCAGAUGACCUCUGUACUGUCCAGAUUCCAACCAGCUGGAGGUCAGCUUUCCUGGAUUCAUCAACUCUACAGUUGUUUUUCGAUUUGUACCAUUCCAUCCCUCCAUCGCUGUCCCCUCUGGUGUUAUCUUGUUUAGUACAAAUUGCUUCUGUCCGAAGAUCGCUAUUUAACAACGCAGAAAGAGCCAAGUUUCUUUCGCACUUAGUGGAUGGAGUGAAGAGGAUAUUAGAAAAUCCACAGGGGUUGUCUGAUCCGAACAACUACCAUGAGUUCUGCAGGUUAUUGGCUCGGUUAAAGAGUAACUACCAGCUGGGAGAGCUGGUGAAAGUGGAAAACUAUCCUGAAGUCAUCCGGCUGGUUGCUAACUUCACAGUAACCAGUCUUCAGCACUGGGAGUUUGCCCCUAACAGUGUACACUACCUGCUGAGCUUGUGGCAACGUUUGGCUGCUUCUGUACCUUAUGUCAAAGCCACAGAACCGCACAUGCUGGAAACAUAUACACCGGAAGUCACUAAAGCUUACAUCACCUCCAGACUCGAAUCAAUCCACAUCAUUCUGAGGGAUGGUUUGGAAGAUCCUCUUGAUGACACUGGUCUAGUUCAGCAACAGCUGGACCAACUGUCCACUAUUGGCCGCUGUGAAUAUGAGAAGACAUGUGCUCUCUUGGUGCAGCUCUUUGAUCAGUCGGCUCAGACGUACCAGGAGUUACUGCAGAGUGCAAAUGCCAGCGCCAUCGACAUAGCUGUGCAGGAAGGUCGAUUGACAUGGCAAGUGUACAUUAUUGGGGCAGUGAUUGGGGGCCGAGUUUCCUUUGCGAGUACAGAUGAACAGGAUUCCAUGGAUGGCGAACUUGUUUGUCGCGUUUUACAGCUGAUGAACCUGACUGAUUCUCGACUGGCUCAAGCAGGCAACGAGAAGCUGGAACUGGCAAUGCUGAGUUUCUUUGAGCAGUUUCGCAAGAUUUACAUCGGAGAUCAGGUUCAAAAGUCCUCCAAGUUGUACCGCAGACUGUCUGAGGUCCUGGGGCUCAAUGAUGAGACAAUGGUCCUGAGUGUUUUCAUUGGAAAAAUAAUUACCAACCUGAAGUUCUGGGGAAGGUGCGAACCAAUAACUUCAAAGACGCUUCAGCUGCUGAAUGAUCUCUCUAUUGGAUACAGCAGUGUGAGGAAGCUGGUGAAACUCACUGCUGUUCAGUUCAUGCUGAACAAUCACACAAGCGAACACUUCUCGUUCCUGGGCAUCAAUAACCAAUCAAACCUGAGUGACAUGCGUUGCCGCACCACCUUCUACACAGCACUUGGACGCUUGCUUAUGGUUGAUCUAGGUGAGGACGAAGACCAGUUUGAGCAGUUCAUGCUCCCUUUAACAGCAGCAUUUGAAACAGUGGCACAGAUGUUUAAUUCCAACACGUUCAAUGAGCAAGACGCUAAGCGAACGCUCGUUGGCCUCGUGAGAGAUCUGAGGGGAAUUGCCUUUGCCUUUAAUGCUAAGACCAGCUUUAUGAUGCUGUUUGACUGGAUCUAUCCCACGUACAUGCCUAUACUACAGCGUGUUGUGGAACUUUGGUAUCAUGACCCAGCAUGCACAACGCCCAUCCUCAAAUUGAUGGCUGAACUGGUCCACAACAGGUCACAGCGGCUGCAGUUUGAUGUGUCUUCUCCGAAUGGGAUCCUCCUUUUUCGCGAGACGAGUAAAAUGAUUACAACUUACGGUAACCGUAUCCUCACCUUGGGAGAGGUACCAAAGGACCAGGUUUAUGGACUCAAAUUGAAAGGAAUUUCCAUUUGCUUCUCCAUGUUGAAAGCAGCUCUGAGUGGCAACUAUGUCAACUUUGGUGUCUUCCGUCUCUAUGGUGACGAUGCCCUUGACAAUGCUUUGCAAACGUUCAUUAAACUCCUCCUAUCAAUUCCUCACAGUGACCUUCUGGAUUACCCCAAGCUCAGUCAGUCCUAUUAUUCCUUGUUAGAAGUUCUUACCCAGGACCACAUGAAUUUUAUUGCCAGCCUGGAACCUCAUGUUAUCAUGUACAUUCUGUCCUCCAUUUCAGAAGGUCUUACUGCACUGGACACGAUGGUGUGUACAGGUUGCUGCUCAAGUCUGGACCACAUUGUAACAUACCUCUUCAAGCAGCUAUCCCGUAGCACAAAGAAACGAACAACACCAUUAUCCCAGGAGAGUGACCGCUUCCUACACAUCAUGCAGCAGCAUCCUGAAAUGAUUCAACAGAUGCUGUCCACAGUUCUGAACAUCAUCAUUUUUGAAGACUGCAGAAAUCAAUGGUCCAUGUCACGCCCACUGCUUGGAUUAAUUCUCCUAAACGAAAAGUAUUUUGCUGACUUGAGAAACAGUAUUGUGAACAGCCAGCCUCCAGAGAAGCAACAAGCCAUGCACCUCUGCUUUGAGAAUCUGAUGGAAGGAAUUGAGCGGAACCUAUUGACCAAGAACAGAGACAGAUUCACCCAGAACCUCUCGGUAUUUCGGAGGGAAGUGAACGACUCGAUGAAGAAUUCGACAUAUGGUGUCAACAGCAGCGACAUGAUGAGCUGACGUCUGUCUGUCUCUCACUUCCCACAUGGUUGGAAGGGGUCACUGGGAGAGGGAUGUGCAUCAUUGAUGUUACAUGGGUGGGGAGGUGGUGGAGGAUUGAGGUCAGAGUUAAGUCGGACAGCUCGCAGGGGUUUCAGGUAAACGGGCAGUGCCCACUUCCCCUCCCCUCUCUCAGUUCCCCUGGCAUUGGACUGCAGGACUUGUCACUGACCCUCCCUUUAGCAAACAGAAUCCUGACAGCGAGUGCCUUUGUGCUCUCGCUCCCUCAUCUGCCUUGUAUAAACUUGUACAUUUUUUUUCUUAAGACAUUUUGAACAAUGUUUAUAUGAAAUCAAUUAAAAGAGAGAGAGAGAAACGAAAGAGUUGUGAUUGAAAUUUUUAGAGUUGGAAGUGUGAUCUUGAGAGACUUGGUUGGUGUCAGGUAGAUGGGGUGGAAUGUGUGUGGGAGUUUAGUUAGAUACAGAGCUCUGUAUAAUCAGGACUGAAACUGUACAAAUAAGGACUGAAACUAAACUUACCAACUCGUGGAUUUCACUCCAAUUGUCCCAUCAUUUUUCCAACAAUUGUUCCACUAGUGAUUAGGGAAUUUCUGUAGAAGAGGUAACAGAUACUGUUGCUGCUAAUUAUGUGUUGAGCACAGCUCGUUUAUAUUCACCAAGGAACAGAAAACCAAUGGAUUAUAUAUUUUUAUUGUUCCUUUCCACUGAAUGUUCUGACUAAACAUUUCCGAAUCACUGCGUGAUCAGGUAGGUUGGUAUGUAAGAAUGUUUGCUGCAUCUAGUGUAAGCAUUGUGACUGCGAAUAAACUGUCCAUGGUUUGUACAGAAAGGAGUCUCCCGUGGUUCAAGUAUGCAGAAGAAAAGCUACUGCCUAAAGGAUUGGGCAAGCUGUUCUUUAUUCCCAUUACUGAUCCCUCUACCAUUACCCACCCCCAACCCCCAGUUCUUAAACCUUCUCUCAGCUUCUCCUCCUCUCUCCCCAGGCUUGCCUUUCGUUGGGUAUUUACAUUUUAGGAGAUCUUUGGAUUGCAUGGAAAGCACUGCCAAAACGCAAUUAUGUAAAUACAAAGAAUCCUCUACUCCAAUUACCUGUUUUCCCCUCCCCUCACAUUACUUGCUUCCCCACCUACCCCCUCUUCUCUCUGGCCCUCCCAGCCCAUCUUUCUCCCCUCCCAGCCCAUCUUUCUCUGUCCUUGUUUUUCUAAUAUGUGCAAUGAUAUUAAUAGCUGUGUGGUGUUGCCCAAUUUGUGUUCAUCUGCCUCUUACAUUCCACGGGAUGCCUUUACGUGUGUGACGUUAGACAGGAGUUCAAAGUUGAUGACAUUGUCUUUCCAGUACCUGUUACCAGUCCCUGUUUGAGUAAACUCGGCAACAUAUCCCAGAACUGUUUUAAAGAAGAAACUGAGUUUUCAGUAUUUCUCCAGUUACCUCCAACUGGACUGAGAGCACUUGUGUCUGGUUUUGAACUGAAGCUUUCAAACACGGAGCUCUGGAUUAAAUUCUGUGAGCCAGAGCAGUCCCCGUUCUUGACAAGCAACAGAAUAAGAUGCAGCCAUUCCCGUGCGUUCCUCCAAUCUGCUAUGAAUGUGCAGUGUUUGCUAACGCUGCUGGCUGGUCCAGUGGCUCCUCUAGAUUAGUGGAGACUUCGAUGAUCUUGUCAUCAACAUUAGCAGCCUUCGCUUUUGUUGAUCUUUCAUACACCACGGUGUUAUAGCCCUCCCGAUUCCGGGCUAUUUCUAUGGCAAAGAAUUGGAUCCUGGUAGCUGUGUGGGGAAAGAGGGAAUUGAAAAGCCACAUUAGAGUUCCGUAAAACGAUAUUUUCAUGCAUUUUUUUUCUUUUGCAAUUCCGUAGCUUUUCUUGACCCGUUCAUCUCCCCCCCUCCCCCCAACUUCUCUUCCCCCACCUCCUUCCGUCAUCCCUCACCAAAUAUCGUGUUUUCCUCCACGUAAUCUCUCGAGCAGUCCAGCCGCAGCAGUGUGCCGUAGUUAAAGUCUUCAAUCAGUGUUUCGAACUGCAGGCAGAAUGGGCGCCAUUGCUGCAAGAGGAGAGAAAGUGGAUCAGAGAAAGACCUGCCCUGGGUUUCCUUCUGAGCAUGUGGAAUUGUGCAAAAACCCAGAGCAGCCAAUGACAUGGCAACAAGGACAAUAAAUGAAGGAACUCACGAGUUUGGCCGCUUCUGACUUUAACUUUUCUGGAUCCAGUAUGUCGAUUUUCAAGUCCCUGAACUGCUUCCUGAACUCAGUGUAAAUUUGAUCAUCUUCUCUGGUCAGUUUAAGAAAUUUUGGGUCAACUGAACAAAUGAGCUUUGAAAGGAAGCAGGUGUACCGUGAGUCACAAUGAGUGGUUUUUGUAUUCAUGGCAAUAAUGUGAAAUAAACCUCACACUGUCAUCA